UCAUCGUCUUCCUCCUACCGCUUUGACCCGGCAUCUCCACCCGGGCGGCUCGUCGUCAGUUCGUCCCCCGCACGCCUCCCCAAACCGAACCGAAGCCACAAACUGCAAGCUAGAAUGGCGAGUGUCGCGUCGAGGUGUUCCGGCCUCCUCCUCCUCCCCGGCCAGCAGCACGGCUUCCGCCGUCGCUCCCCCGCUCCCUUCUGUCUCCAUCCGUGGAAGGGCAGUCGCCGGCCGGGGACCCUGGUCUGUGUCGCACCGCCCGAUUCCAUGGAGCCAAAGACGGACGAGCAGGACGUCAAAGCUGACAUGGGCGAGGAAAAGGUCCAGACAAGCAGCAGCACAUCCCAGGCUGCUGCUGAGAACCCACCUGUCCCCGAUAAGGAUCUCAACAGAAGGGUAGCUUUGCUCUCCACUCUUGCAGCUACGGGCCUCUUUGCAUCUCAGAGGCUCCAACUUGGCGGGUUUUCCCUCAAAGAUCUAGCGGCCAAUGCUGUGCCAUAUGAAGAGGCUCUCGCAAAUGGCAAGCCGACUGUUGUUGAGUUUUAUGCAGACUGGUGUGAAGUUUGUCGAGAGUUAGCACCAGAUAUCUACAAAGUUGAGCAGCAGUACAAGGACCGUAUCAACUUUGUUAUGUUAAAUGUCGACAAUACAAAGUGGGAACAAGAGCUUGACGAGUUUGGAGUUGAAGGUAUUCCUCAUUUUGCCUUUCUGGAUAAGGAAGGAAAUGAGGAAGGCAAUGUUGUUGGGAAGCUUCCAAAACAGUAUUUUGUUGAUAAUGUGGUUGCUCUUGCUUCCGGUGAUCCCACGAUACCUCAUUCGCGAGCCGUCGGUCAAUACUCGAGUGCAGAGUUCAGAAAAGUACACCAAGUUGCUGAUCCCAGAAGUCAUGGCUAGUAAUAGAACUCUUCACGGUUACCAGUUUUAGCUAUAAUGCCAAGACUCAUUGAAAAGAUGCCGUUGUAGGUGAUGCACGUUCUGCAUGAGGGCGUUGGGCAGAGCUGGCGGACUGCAGAGAUCACAUUAAGAAAAAAGGCAAUACCAUCAAUGAUUCAUGUAUAUGAUUGUUCUUGUGCAACUGGAUUAUCUGAUUCCAGGCAUCCGGCUACAACAUUUGAUCUUAGAAUUUUUAGUACACGAUGUCAUAUGAGAAUCAGUAUAUGGAAAACAGGUGUACUGUAUAUACGUUGCAGGCUUAUAGUACCUGUCAGUAUGUAUCUUAGAACAGGUAUACAAGCUGCUGAA